CUGCGAGGGCGCCGCGCCGGAGGCGGACCGCCCUCACCAGCGGCCCUUCCUGAUCGGGGUGAGCGGCGGCACCGCGAGCGGGAAGGUAAGGGGCUGGGCGGCCUGGCGGGGCCUGCAAGCAGCUCGAUCUCCGGCCCCCGGAGCCUCUGGGCGGCCCGUUGCGGCCUCUAGUCAGAGAAGAGACCCCCAGCUCCCGCUGCCGAGGCGCCCCCUCUAGGGCGCGGGCGGAGCGGGGGAGCGCAGGGGCUCGGGGAUGCGGCCGUGGCGGGCAGGGCGUGGGGCGCUUGGCUUCGGGCCCCCACCGCCACAGCCUUCCCGCCGGCCCGGUCCCUCCGGGCCCCCCGUGCAUGCUGCCCCUGCUAGGCCCCGCGGCCCUACCCCUAGCCUUGCCGCACCCGUCGCAGGCCUGCUGGGCAGCCCCCUGGGGGCUGGUGGGUCAGUGUCCCCAGAAGCCAGCUCCGCGCAGAAACGCCCGGGAAAGGGCCGCCCGGUGGCAGGAGGAGCGGCUCCGGGCGGGAACCCUGACUGUGUAUCCCCAGUCCACGGUGUGUGAGAAGAUCAUGGAGCUGCUGGGCCAGAACGAGGUGGACCACCGGCAGCGGAAGCUGGUCAUCCUGAGCCAAGACAGGUUCUACAAGGUCCUGACGGCGGAGCAGAAGGCCAAGGCACUGAAGGGCCAGUACAAUUUCGACCACCCAGAUGCUUUUGAUAAUGACCUGAUGCACAGGACUCUGAAAAACAUCGUGGAGGGCAAAACCGUCGAGGUCCCAACCUAUGAUUUUGUGACACACUCAAGGUUACCAGAGACCACAGUGGUGUACCCCGCGGACGUGGUCCUGUUUGAGGGCAUCUUGGUGUUCUACAGCCAGGAGGUCCGUGACAUGUUUCACCUGCGCCUCUUCGUGGACACGGACUCCGACGUCAGGCUGUCGAGAAGAGUUCUCCGGGACGUGCACCGUGGGAGGGACCUGGAGCAGAUUCUGACCCAGUACACCACCUUCGUCAAACCCGCCUUCGAGGAGUUCUGCCUGCCGACAAAGAAGUACGCCGAAGUGAUCAUCCCUCGAGGGGUGGACAACAUGGUGGCCAUCAACCUGAUCGUGCAGCACAUCCAGGACAUCCUGAGCGGCGACAUCUGCAAGUGGCAGCGAGGGCCCAAUGGGCGGAGCUACAAGAGGACGUUUCCCGAGCCGGGAGGCCACCCCGGGGUGCUGACGCCCGGCAAGCGGUCACACUUGGAGUCCAGCAGCAGACCCCACUGAGGAGCGAGGUGCCCAGGCUCCUGGGCAGGCCCCCCGACGGCCUGCUCCGGGUCCGGCCGGGAGACGCCUGCCCGCCCCUGGAGACGCCACCGCUUCCUGUCAGCGCCUCCCGGUACAGAGGGGGGUGGGGCGCGAGGAUCAUGGGGUUCCUCGCGGUUGGGGGCAGACCUGCACCUGUUACACUGAGCCCCCCGGGAGGUUGGCAGGCCCUCCUGCUGUCUCCACGUGCUUCCUCACCUUCAGGAAGCUUACAAGGCCACGUUCAAGUUACGGAGCAGUGCCGCAGACCGUGUGGUAAGUCGGUCACGGAUGUGGGGAACACGGGGCAGACAGCCCGGCCCCUUGGCUGUCCCGGUGUGUUUGACGGAGCCCACGGCGUGAGGGACUUCUGUAGGCCGAUCUGGUUCCCACACACACGUGACUGAAACACAGGUUUGGAGAGAGUAUUUCCCCUUUUUACGCGUUACACGUGCAAGUGUUCUGUUUCAUUGUUAUUUAUUCUCCCGUCAGUUGUGACCCAGUGACCGAGUGUCAUGCCCCGUGGUAGGGUGCGAGCCCGUGUGGCGCACACAGGUGUGGGAGCCACAGAGGGGUUUCCCUCCUCCUGGCCAAGGGCGGAGCCCAGGGCACAAGCUUUCCUCAGCCAGCGCCAGACGCAGGAGGUGGGCCCUGCUCCCCAAGCCCGAGUCCCGGGCCCCGGCCGUGCGGGCUGGGACAGGAGGCAGGCCGGCACCCGCGGUGGCCACACGUGGUCCCCCUCAGGGUCAGGCCUCCCCACCUGCAGGAGCCGCCUGGGCCCCACGGGCUCUGCACACAGGCCUUCCCGAGGCCGGGGCAUGCCGUCCAAAGCCAGCCGCUCUCCCCGCACCCACCCGGAGUCCACGGCUGCACACAUGCCGCGGGGCCGCGUUGUCCUGCUUGGUCUGCCCUCCCCGCUAGCGCCAUUUCUGUAAAGGCGAUGCUUUGCUGUCGCCACCAGCUAAACCACACGGGCACUUCCGGUUUCCUUCUAGUAAGUUCCGUGUGUAGUGACACGGUAGGACCUCCGUGGGGCUUGGCUGAGCUCCAGGGCUGCUUUCCCAGUGUGUGACCGUCUUGUCAAGAUCGUCAUCUCCCCUUCUGGAGAAUCAAUAAAUAACACCAAAUACUGAUA